AUGUCUGACCAUUUCGGUGCCGUAGACUACGUGGUAUUCAUCGGGAUGUUAAUGAUAUCGACAGCAAUUGGUUUGUAUUACGCGUGGAAAGACCGCAAGACUACCAAUGAGGACGAGUUCUUGAGAGGUGGCAAAACUAUGUCUCCGUUUCCGGUUUGCAUCUCAAUUAUGGCCAGUUUUUUGCCGAGCACUUCGUUCAUAGGCUUUCCAACGGUGGUGUACGUGACGGGCACUAUGUUCUGGGUAAUAGUGAUCCCGGCCGUGUUGGGCGCCGUACUCGCCGCUGAAGUCUUCAUUCCUGUCUUCUAUAACAUGAAUCUACUUUCGGUCAACGAAUACAUUCACAAACGCUUUCAAUCACAUAAUUUGCAAAUUAUAACCAAUUUGUCCACGCUGCUAGCUAUGAUCCCAUUCUUUGGAGUCGAGCUGUUCGCGCCAUCGAUAGCACUGUCUAUUGUCACCGAUAUGUCCAUCAGUUCCAGUAUUUUAGUCAUUGGUCUCAUAGUAACCAUCUAUACAUCUAUGGGUGGCCUCAAGGGUGUCAUAUGGACCGACUUCUUCCAGUUCACUGUUAUGGUCGCCGGAGUGCUAGCAGUUAUCAUAAGAGGUGCAAAUAUUUCGGGAGGUAUGGCCAGUGCCUUUCAAAAGGCUCAUACGGGCGGACGCAUAGAGUUCUGGAACAUGAAUUUCGACAUAUACUCGGGUAACUCAUUUUGGGUGAUAAUAACCGGGUUCGCAGUCUUAUUCAGCGGCACAUUCAGCACAAGUCAACUACAAGUCCAGCGCGUUAUAUGUAUGCCGAGCAUUAGCUCAGCCAAAAAGGCCCUGUAUAUGGCAAUACCCGGGUAUAUAUCGAUGCUAUCAUUCACAGUACUCAUCGGUAUCGUGAUGUACGCCCGAUAUUACGACUGCGACCCUAUGCUGACGGGCCGCGUAGGCCGACCCGACCAACUGUUGCCCUACUUUGUGCUCGACAUCUUCGAGGGCGACUACCCGGGACUGCCCGGGAUGUUCGUCGCCUGCGUUUUUGGCGGCUCUCUAAGCACCCUAUCGUCGGGUCUGAACGCCAUGGCGUCCAUCGUUUGGGACGACUACGCAAAGCAGAUCUUUCACAGACUGCCCGUCCAGUGGGGCGUCUACGUCACCAAACUGUUGGCUGUGCUCAUAGGCAUCCUAUCCAUUAGUAUGGCGUUUGUGGUGAUGGAGACCGAGAACAUAGUGGAGGCGGCGAUCAUGCUUUACGGCGCCUCCAAUGGCCCCCUAUUUGGUCUCUUUUGUUUGGGUCUCUUCUUCCCGUGGGGUAACGCCUACGGGGGCGCCGCCGCCUUGAUUGCGGGUCAGGUCAUGUGCUUCUGGAUUGUCAUCGGAUCCGUGGUCGACAAGAGGAGUCCCGCGACUAUGAGUCUGGCGCUCAGCACCGAGGGCUGUGCCGCCAGAAAUAUAUCCAAUCCCUACAACAUUACUGGCGCCCCCAUCAGUAUUAUGGCUAACUAUAAGAUACCCGAUUAUUAUCCGACCGGCAAUGAUAUGAUUCACCACAUCAGCCCGUUCUUUGUGCCGGUUAUCGGUUUCGUGGUGUCACUGAUUGUGGGAAAUAUCGUAAGUUUGCUCACAAAAGGCAAUAAAGGCAAGCGUUUGGACAUAAACCUAAUUCACGUGAAAGUGUGUUACUAUAUGGAGAAAGUGCUGCCAAAGAGUUGGCGACAGUUAGAGAACGAUAAACCUGUUCCCUCCCGACCCGGACACCCACCGCACGGUCAGCCAAUUUCUGAGCCCAUGACACCCAUGGGAACCAACAGAUACUUCAGUAGUGAUGGCAAUGAAGAUGAUUACCCAGAAGAUCAACAAUCGACUAAUCCUUUGACUAAUCUAUUUGUUGACAAAAACACGACCCUUUGA